ACUCACCUCAGCCUCGUCUGUAGUGGAAACAGCACGAUGGGGGUUCUCCUGGCGCUGCUUGUGGCAGCCGGCGUGUUCUUCUGCGUGUCCUUCGUGGGGGUUGGGCUGUGGGUACUCUACACCCAUUUCACCACUGCGGACAUCCCUGCAGGUAUCAGCCACCCCAAGAAACUGCGGGUUUGCCACUGCAUCUUCCUGCUGUUGGUGGCAUGGGGGAAGAUUUUUGAGAAACUGCGCAUCUGUUCUAUGCCCGGAUUUGUCCGUUUCAUGCACGACCUGCUGCCGCUAAAGGAGGAUCCGGAUGUCAUGGUCACGGACCUCCUCUUCGGGACUAUCCCGGUGAAACUGUACCAGCCCAAGGCGUCCUCCUGCACCCUGAGGCCUGGCGUUGUGCUCUACCACGGCGGUGGGGGCAUCAUAGGGAGCUUGAAAACCCACCAUAAAAUAUGCUGUCGUCUGUCCAAGGAGAGUGACUCAGUGGUUCUGUCAGUGGGGUAUCGCAUGUCGCCGCAGAGUAAGUUUCCGACGCCGGUAAGAGACUCUAUCGCGGCCACCAUCCACUUCCUGAAGUCUCUCGAGACUUACAAGGUGGAUCCAGCCCGGGUCGUGGUCUGUGGUGACAGCGCGGGAGGGGGCAUUGCGGCAAUAGUUUGCCAAAAACUAAUGGACAAGCCAGAUCUCCCUAAGAUCCGUGCUCAAAUCCUGCUCUACACGGUCAUCGAACUCUUGGAUCUCAAACUCCCUUCUUUUCAGGAGAACCAGAAUGUCCCGCUGCUCACUCACGAUUUUAUCUAUUACUGUUGGUUUUGUUACUUGGACAUCAGUCCCUCCUGGAAAAGCGUUGUCAUGGAACGUGGCCAUUUGCCUGCCCAAGUCUGGGAAAAAUAUAGAAAGUGGUUGGGCUCAGAAAACAUCCCGGAGAGGUUUAAGAAGAAAGCCUACCGGCAGGCAUCCCCUGCGCCCCUGAAUGAGGGUGCCUAUCUGGAGACAGAACACAUUUUGGAUUUGAUGUGCUCACCCCUGAUUGCAGAAGAUGAAGUGAUAUCUCGGCUCCCGGAAGCUUGCAUUGUGAGCUGUGAGUACGACAUUCUGCGGGACCAUUCGCUAUUGUACAAGAAGAGACUGGAGGACCUGGGAGUCUCGGUGACUUGGCACCACAUGGAGGAUGGUUUUCACGGCGUGCUGAACACCCUCGAUAUGGGAUGUUUGCAAUUCCCCUGCUCCACAAGGAUUCUGAAUGCCAUGGUCCGUUUCCUAAAGGGGUUGUGAGCAUCUCUCCUUCCUGCUAGAGCUAUGAGAGCGAGGGCCCUCCAGGAGCCCGUUCCCAAUGGGGCGCUCUUGCUGACGUAGGUGAUGCUGAGUGGGGCUAGGGAGGGUUAUUUAGAUCGCUUUUCUCCUUCUUGCUCCAGGUUCUAGAAUCGGAGGAUGCUUGUUUCUGAUGUCUGAAGGGAGAGGCAGGUUUGGGGGAAGGUGAGGCUGUCUGUCCAUGUUCACUGUGGGGAAAUUUUGAGCUGAGAGUCUUCAGUGGCUAUUUGCAAAAGUGAAUGAGAGUGUAAGGGUUGCCCAUGGCCUCCCUGAGGGAGACUUCUGUCUGCUCCGCCUGACCCAGGCUGUGGGUGACAGGACUGUCCCCUUGGCUGGCCUAGGAAUAACCCAGGGGCAGCAUGUGCACUCUCCUGGGCCUUUUCCAAUCUGGCUCAGAGGGUGGGCCCUGAUGUUCUAGACUGCUGUAUGGAGGUGGGAAAACUGGUUCCAUUCUCCUCUGUUUACACAGUGACGCUUUCUGCUGUUCCUCUGUCUCUGGGUUCAGAGUCUCAACUGCCUGUGCGGGAACAGUUAGGAUAGCAUGGGUCAGUUUUCUGUGGGGGUUGGCACCUAGUGGCAGAUAAAAAUAGCCCAGAGUCACUGGAUUGGGGGAGCUCUGGAGCUGUGGGAGUCAAAAGUCAGGUUUCCAAGGGCCGGGAAGUGACGUUGUCAGUGUCAGAAGGGAGGAGGUGGGAGGGAAUCUGUGUCCUGAGUAGGAGACCCAGAGAGAUUGCGUCGGACCAAACUCAAUCAUAGUGGAAACUGAGGGAGGGCCGAAGGGACCGAAGAUGUGUUAGCAAGGGCUCUUUCUGUUUUAGGACCCAGAGCCAACCCAAAUCGACUGAAAUCAGAGACAGGAUGUAUUAGAUAAUGUAACAACGAAUUCUAGGGAUAAUCAGGCAUGGUUUGAUGUGGAAGUGAAACAAUGCCACCAGCUACCUUCUCUUCUUCCUUCUAGUCGAUGCUUUUCUCUAGUUAAUUCACCUUCACCUUUCCAUAUGGUGGCCCGAGCAGCUCCAUGCUUACGUGCUCCCAGAGUCGAGUCCGUUAUUAUGAACUUGCCUCAUUCCCAGCAGAAAUUGCAUUGUCUCGAGGGCACCGUGCGCUUUCUGAAUGGUGUACCCAGUUGCCACAACCAAGGGAAUGAAAUGUUCUGACUGACCAGUUGCAAGUCCCAUGCCUUCCUGGGAGUGGAGAGUGGGGUCAACUCCACCUGGUGCUUGAACUAAGCCCGGCGGAGGGAGGGGGGACUUCCCUCCCACCAACACUUACUCUACUACAGAAGCUAAAUUGAACCCCGAGCCGAGGUACUUGGAAGUGGCAAGAGACGUCAAGGACCACGGGGCAAGUUGACUACGUGCCUGUUAGGAAUAAAAAUUCCUUUGAAGGGAUGGCCCAUGCUCCCAUGCUGGCCCUGCCUGGUAUUCAGGAGGCUCUGCUCCUGGCUGGCCAGUGGUUUUAUAGACCCAGGUCCCAGUUUACUGCACAAGGACCCCGCGCACUCCUUUAACUUGCUUUCAGUUGAAUGUUUGUGCCGACACACAGAGCAGAGACACCCCCUGGAUGGCAUCUCGAUCCAUGCACAACAGGCCGACCAGCAAGUGGCUGUUUGGAGAAACAUGAACCACUCACUGAAAGAAUAUAAUUUGGUGGCCACGCAGCUGUUGGAGAGCAUUAGGAAUGUCCUUCUGAGACAGGUGGCUGUGUUGAGUCUGGGUUGAUUUCUCUCCCGGAGUGUGACCUUUGUUUCACCCCUGCCUCUGGAGAUGGGUGGACAGACAUUAGUUGACCAUUACAGUCUUUCCUGUAACCCAUUCGUGAGGUUCAGGGAAAGGAAAAGGGAUAGAAAUGAAUGUUCACGAGCGUCAACUACAUGCCAGGCACUGUCCUGGGCUGUUUAGGAUUGCCACCUCAUUGUGAAGAGAGAACAUCGAUUGUGAGUUGCUGCCCAGGCAUUUUAUAGCAUGACAGCCAUGCUCCCACCUAGGCUUGGUAUUUGGGGAAGAGCCUGAGCUCAGGAUUCCCGCCACAGUUUCCUGCUUGGUUUUCCUGGGUCACCUUUUUAAGUAAGCACUUAGAGUGGAGUCUGUGAAGCUGGUGACCUUUGCCCCAACCGCCUUAUGAGUCAGAGGUCCUUGCUACCCUGCUCUCUAUCUCCUGGUCACUCGUGACCUGGGAUGGAAGCCUGGCCUUCCCCUGGUCCACUCCACCCCUUGACCCCCUGCCUCUGGGAUUUGUAAGUAAUAAAAUCUUGUGACUUCA